AUGGAGCGUGAAAGAUCUUCUACAUUGGUGUUAGAGCGGCGGCGCGAGGCGCUCGUGAAGACCAUCGAGGUCAUCGACGAGCGCUGCCACGAGUAUGUUCGCCGUCUUGAAGCGAUGCGCGAGUGCGGAGCGGAGGCGGAGGCGGGGGCGCCCCCUGUCGGCCGUUGGGGCGCCGAGUGGCCGACGGCCGAGCACGAGCACCUCGUGGCCAGCGCGGACGCCGUCGUCCGGCGUCUCCUCACCACCGAGAACUACGACUCAGUGAGCAACUUCAUCUCGCUGCACGACGCGUACUCGAAGUACGGCGGGCCGCUGCGCAAACUGUUCGGCAGGUACUCGCCGCCGAUACGGCGGCGCAGGUACACGUGCGUCGGGCUCGGAAUAGAGCUGAUCAAGCGGCUGCGCUGCCUGGAGAAGCAGUGGAGGGGCCUGAUCGCCGCCACCGCGCUGGUGUCGUGCGAGGAGGCGGUCGAAGAUGUGUGGGAGUACGUGCGGGGCGGCGAGGGGCCGGCGACUAUGGCCGCGGCGGAGAAGGAGCACGUCAUGGUCUGCGUCACGAUCUCCGUGGACGGCCGGCCCGGUGUUCUGCUAGCGGACCCCGGGUACCACGUGCCGAUGGUCAUCACCGUGAUGAUGGAUAGCGCCUACCCGCACACCGGUUGGUUCACCCAGUCGGAGGAGAAGCACGGCUGCAAGAGGUACAGCUACGCCUUCUGCCCGGCGGACUCGCGCUACGUGGAGUGGCGCGAGAAGGAAGUGCGCGGCGAUGUCGAGAAGCAACAGACGUCGCUAGUGUACGUUGCGCAGCCGUACCUGGACGGCGUCAAUGUCACCGAGAGACGGAACCUGGUCUACAACUUCAGGAGUCUUCUCGCUCGCGACCAGAAGGGCCACGUCACAGCCGGCCUCUAUUUCCCGGUGGGUGCGCCCUUCAAGGACGCGCAGUUCACGCUGUUCUUCGACAACGGCUCGGAGAAGAUCAAGAUCAAGUAUAAGUUCGCGAAUUUCACUGAUCGCGAAUCGGUACCGGCCAACAUCACGCAAGUGGUCGAGAUGUGUAACGCCCAGAUGAACUACUCCAAAGGCGAACUGUUCACAAUCAUCUGCAAACUCUCGAAAGUGCUAUCGAACAAGUCGUUCAUAGACCAAACGCUCGAGAUCAACGACGAUAUCUGUCGCCUCUGCCUC